GUGUUGGGUGUUGGGUGUUGGUUGCGUGGCCUUACUUUAAUUUACCGUAACUGCGAGUCCUUUGUAUGUAAAAUCGAGUGGCCAUCCACCACCACCUCCUCCACCGGGUAUCCCGCCGUGUGGACAGUUUCCCCCCAUCAGUCAUCCUGUGGUUAACGCAAGGCUCAUCUGCUACCUACCGUACCGGUACCCACGAGUACCUACCAUAAGCUCGAGCCCACUUGCCACAACUACUCGUACUCCCAGAUAGCUAGACGUCAUCGUCCAAGCAAUGGCGUCCCACCGCCGCCGUCGCCCAAUCACCAUCAUCGUGCUCCUCGUCGCGCUAUGUCUCUUUGUUCACUCCGCCGAGGCCGGAUUCCUGUCGACACUCCGCCAGAAAGUGCUCGCGUUGACCUUGUCGGACGGGAAUGAAGCUCCCACCGCCGUGCCCGACCAAGCCGUCGUCGAGAAGAAGCCCAAGCGCGAGGGAAAGCGUGUUGCCAUCAUCGGUGCCGGAGCCGCGGGCUCCUCGUCGGCCUACUACCUGCGCAAAUACCUCGCCAACUCGACCGUGUCCGGGCUGCCCGUGGAAAUCACCGUCUUUGACAAGCACGCGUACGUCGGGGGCCGCUCAACGACCGUCAACGCCUACGACGACCCUUCGCUGCCGAUCGAGCUCGGCGCCUCGAUAUUCGUCUCGAUCAACCACAACCUGGUCAACGCCGCGGCCGAAUUCGGGCUCUCGGUGUCCUCGGUGUCCAAUGCACCACCGACGAAGGAGGCAGCUGCAGACGUGCUCGGCGUCUACGACGGCACCGACUUCGUCUUCACGUUCCCCGAGGGCUCGUGGUGGACGCUCGCAAAGCUGUUCUACAAGUACGGGCCGACGAGCCCGUACCGGACCAAGAAGCUGACGGACGCGGUGGUGGGGAAGUUCCUGGCCAUGUACCAGGCACCGCUGUUCCCGUUCCGCUCCUUAUCCUCCGCGGUGGAGGCGGCAGGGCUCCUCCCCGCCGUCGGCACCACCGGCGAGCAGUUCCUGCAGCAGAACGGCAUCUCGACCGCCUUCGCACAGGACCUCAUCCAGGCGUCCACCCGCGUCAAUUACGGCCAGAACCUCGGCCUCAUCCAUGGCCUCGAGACGAUGGUCUGCAUGGCGACCGACGGCGCCGUCAGCGUGCAGGGCGGGAACUGGCGGAUCUUCGAGGGGAUGGUGCAGCACAGCGCAGUAGACCUACGAUUACAAACAGCCGUAACCAAGCUCGAGCGCAACGAUGAUGCCGGCGAGUGGAUCGUUACGUCGCAGAAAGACGGCUCGCCCAUCGCCACGUCGGAGGUAUACGACGAGGUGAUCGUCGCGGGGCCAUGGCAGUACUCCGUGCUCUCCGUGCUCCCACCACUGGCCAAAACCCCAGACACAAUCCCGUUCGUAACCCUGCACGUAACGCUGUUCGCCUCCCCCCGCCGCCUCGACCCAGGCUACUUCCACCUCCCCCCCGGCACCGCAGUCCCGCAAGCAGUGAUCACCACGCUCAACGCCACCGAGCGCGCGGACCCCGACCUCCUCCGCGGCGAGGGCGUCCACGCCGUCGGCAACACCGGGUUCUUCAGCAUUUCUACACUCCGCACCGUCGUCCGCCCCAGCGGACAGACGGAGCACGUGUACAAGGUCUUUUCCCCCGCGCGCUUCGGCGACGAUAGGGUGCGCGCCAUUAUUGGCGCCACCGCCGAGGAGGAGGGGAUGGAGGGGAUGGAGGAGCAGGUUACCUGGUUGCAUAGACACAUAUGGAAGUCGUACCCUUAUGUGUACCCCCGCGUCACGUUCGAUGAGACGAAGCUUGCCAACGGGCUGUGGUAUACCGGCGCGGUUGAGGCGUUUAUUAGCACUAUGGAGACCAGCAGUCUUAUGGGCAUGAAUGUGGCCAAGCUGAUGGUUGAUGAGUGGGAUGGUGAGAAGAGGGAGAAGGAGGAGAAGGAGAAGGAGGCUGUUGUGGAGGCUGCGGCUGCGGAGGAGGCAGCGGCAGCGGCGGAGACAGAGGUGGAGGUGGAGAUGGAGACGGAGGUGCCGGCGAUCGGAGAGGACCAACCCGUGGCUGUUGACGAGUUGAAGAAGUAGGCUACCUAUGUAGGGAUUUGUUUUAUGGGAGUUCACUUGGCCUGGGAUAUUCGCGGUUUUCAUGCAUACAUAUCUGUCGUUUUUGAUGGUAGAGCUACAGCAUCUAUAUGACGGAGAUGGUUUCAUUCA